CGUGACCCGCGCGAUCGGAGGCCCCGUCCCCCGUGCGCGAGCAGAGUCUGAGCGGCCUCGCCUUGGAGCUCGGUACGAGGAGUUUCCCCUUCUCUUUUUUCCAGUCCGGACGCUGUCGCCGCUUCCCAGUCAUGAGGCCUGGUCGUCGUCGGCGCCCGAGCACGGCCCUGUGGCGUGGCUACUGAGCAGCCCCCCCUCCAGCCGGGCGGGGACCCCGUCGCUCUUCUCCCUGCUUACAGUCGCCGCCAUGUUGGGCCGGGAGCCGCAGCGGGGCGGCCAGUGAGCCCCGGAGCAAGUGAGGGAGAGGAGGAGCCGGGGCUUGGCCACCGCCGCGCAGCUCGGCCGCCCCGCAGCCGUCAUGGCGGAACAGACCUACUCCUGGGCAUAUUCCCUUGUGGAUUCCAGCCAAGUGUCUACGUUCCUGAUUUCCAUUCUCCUUAUAGUCUAUGGAAGCUUCAGGUCUCUUAACAUGGACUUUGAGAAUCAAGACAAAGAGAAAGACAGUAGCAGCUCACCUGGGUCUUUCAAUGGCAACAGCACCAAUAACAGUAUCCAGACCAUUGAUUCCACCCAGGCACUGUUCCUUCCGAUUGGAGCAUCUGUUUCUCUCCUAGUCAUGUUCUUCUUCUUUGAUUCAGUUCAAGUAGUCUUUACAAUAUGCACAGCAGUCCUUGCAACAAUAGCCUUUGCUUUCCUUCUGCUCCCUAUGUGCCAGUAUUUAACACGACCUUGUUCUCCUCAAAACAAGAUUUCCUUUGGCUGUUGUGGACGUUUCACUGCUGCUGAGCUGCUCUCAUUCUCCCUGUCUGUUAUGCUUGUCCUUAUCUGGGUCCUAACUGGCCACUGGCUCCUCAUGGAUGCUCUGGCAAUGGGCCUGUGCGUUGCGAUGAUUGCCUUUGUUCGGCUGCCGAGCCUCAAGGUUUCCUGUUUGCUGCUCUCAGGGUUACUAAUUUAUGAUGUCUUUUGGGUGUUUUUUUCUGCCUACAUCUUUAAUAGCAAUGUUAUGGUGAAAGUGGCUACGCAACCAGCUGAUAAUCCCCUUGAUGUUUUAUCCCGGAAGUUGCAUCUGGGACCAAAUGUAGGUAGAGAUGUUCCCCGCCUGUCACUGCCUGGCAAGCUUGUCUUUCCAAGUUCCACAGGCAGCCACUUCUCUAUGCUGGGGAUUGGAGAUAUUGUGAUGCCAGGUCUUCUCCUCUGCUUUGUCCUGCGUUAUGAUAACUACAAAAAACAAGCCAACAGUGAUUCCUGUGGUACUCCAGGACCUGGGAACAUCUCUGGGCGUAUGCAGAAGGUCUCCUAUUUUCACUGCACACUCAUUGGAUACUUUGUAGGUCUGUUAACGGCAACAGUGGCUUCUCGCAUCCACCGGGCUGCACAGCCUGCGCUGCUCUAUUUGGUACCAUUCACUUUAUUGCCGCUCCUCACCAUGGCUUAUUUAAAGGGUGAUCUACGUCGCAUGUGGUCUGAACCUUUCCACUCCAAGUCCAGCAGCUCCCGUUUCCUGGAAGUAUGAUGGAAUAGAUGGAAAGUGACUGAAACUUCUGCCUUGGUCCUUUUCUUUUAACUUGUGGUUUUGUCUCCUAAAGCUGGACUGGUACUUGGAAAGGUACCAGUUUAUGGAACUUGUAUGAAUGGACUUCGCUUUUUUUUUUUUCUUUUUAAUACGUUCUGGAGCUCCGUUUGAUUCCUUUUCUCCCUGCAGAUGUGGAAUUGGGGACACUUUGUGCAACUGCAGCCACCUUCCUCUUCUCCUCUCCCUCUUUUAUGGAUUAGUACCAGACUGUUACUUUUGUGAGAGAGGAGGAGACAAACUUUAAACUGAAAACGGCGUGAAAGUCGUUCAGAAACUUGAACACUAAAAGGAAAAACAAUUAAGCAAAUUGAAGUUUCACCAGAGAGCCCCCAAGUACUUUGGGACCAGUUUCCUGUCAGACUUCAGUUUUGGAGAGAACUGAGACAGAAAAUCUGUCACUAUAUUCUUUUUUUGAUUUAUUAAAUAUUUCCUGUGGUGUGAGGUGACUUAUUAAAUCCACAGACAUUGAGUGACUUAUUGCAGUAUACAUAUAAGAAUUUGUUGUAGCGAGUUACAUUUCCACCCAGAUGUCAUGUUGCAGUGAACAAGGGCACGAUUUUUAUACAUAUAUAUAUACAGUAUAUAUAUCUAUAUAUAUACACACACACGCGUAUAGAUAUAUAUAUGAAUAAAUAAAGAGAAAAACCUGCUAAGAUCAUGUAGCAGUCAGGGGCUUGCUGUAAUUUAGCAUGUAGAGCAGUUUACUAUGGCUUUCUUGUAUAUGACUCUACGAUAAGCUGCUGUUUUUUCCCCCCUCCACAGCUGAACCCACAGUUAAAAACCAGUGUAGUAUUUGUACUGAUUGUACUCAUGGACUUUAGGGGAGUAUUUGGUUUUGAUCAAUGUAACAAACUAGGGAAGGAAAAAGUUUAAACCCUUAUCCUUUUCUUUUUUUUAAAGAACUUCUCCCUUGCAGGUUUUUUAGUAGUUCCUUCUUGACCCAAUGCAUGUAUUAUAGCAGCAAUUGUCUUUGUGCGUUCUGAUCAUAGUAAUGUACCACUUGUAAAUACAUUUUUUCUAUUUUUUUUGUAUUUUUGGCAUUUUGUUUCAUUAGUGUGCUGUAUUUUUUCCAGACCCCUACCCCUUAAAAAAAAGAAAAAAAGAACAAGAAAAAAUUGUCCUUUGUUGCUGUGAUUGGUCAAAGUUUGUGUGUUGACUGCUUUGUACAUGGGAGUCUGUUAAAAUGUGGAUUUUUCUAACCAAA